AUGGUUGAGGCUAGGUAUAAGGAUACUCAGGCAGACAUCAGGGGUAUCAAAGAAUCCAUGCUCAAGCUUACUGGCUCCUCCCCUGCACCAAGUUUUGAAAAAGAUGAUGAUGAUAAUGCCAAAAAGGGGGAGAAAUACUCAAUGAGAAAGUUAGAGCCUGAUCCAAAAGUAAAACCAAAGGGCCAACAAAAACAAAAGCCAGGGUCUGCCAAACAAACUUUUGCAAAAACUUCAGAAACUUCAGAUGUUGGAAAGAAAAAGGGAACUAAUGAGACCCUAAACAUCCAAACUGAAGAGAAGAUUUUAGAAAAGCAGAAGAAGCAUGAUACAGAAGAGAGCAAAGCCUACAAUUGGUCUGUAUCCUCUGCUUCACCAAAAACCAAACCUUCACCUCAAAAACCACCACAAAAGAAGCAGAAAAUAGCUUCAAAACCAUCCUCACCCACUAAACCAACAUAUGUUGAUGCAACAAAAGCAUCAGUAGAUGUUAGGCCAACAGCUGUUGAGACACCAGUUGUCUCAGUAGAGGUUAGCCAAUCCACUGCCACCAUCAACACAACCACUUCCAACACCUCAAAGAUUCCUUCACAACCACCUUCUUCACCUAAACCACCUUCUCCACCUAAACCACCUUCUCCACCUAAACCACCUUCUCCACCUAAACCACCUUCACCUAAAGUUCCUCCACCACCAAAACAAACUUAUGCACGUAAAAGAAAAUUUGUUGUGCAUGAUGAUGAUAAGGAGAUUCCAUCACCAAUCCCCUUACCAUCUGUUCCCAUUCAAUCCACUCCAUCCUCAUCACUUCCACCUACAAAUCCAAUUCCUCCACCCACUGGUUCCCUUCCAUCUGUCAUCCCCUUGGCUGCCAAAUAUCCUCUAGAACUGCUUGCAAUUCAAAGUGAAAUGGAAUCUUUCUACAAAAUAGAGGAUCCAUCCAAAAGAACCUUCCUAUCUCUCUAUGGCUUCAGACAAACUCAGAACUUGGAUGAAUAUUUGCAAAUGAAAGCAAGACAAGCAGAGGUUAAAGCCAGAGAAGAUAGCAAAGGGUUAGGUGACAGGAAAUACCAAGGUCUGUUAUCACAUGAGCUUAACAAAGUCAUGAAGCUUGAAGACUUUGCUAAAGACCUUAGUAAAUCCAUGUCUGAGUAG